AUGGCGGCUUCCUCGCUCGAGGCUACUCCGGAACAGGUUGCGGGUUUCCAGGGGACGCUAGAUGUUCAAGGCUCCCCAGAGAUUGAACACCUCGGUUCUAUGCCACCCAUUACUGCGUCGCCUGCCAACGGUUUGAAGGGCCCUACUGAUGACAGCCCAGCAACUGCCAACCCUUUCUCGUCAGACGAUGUUGCGCCAUCAAUGAUUUCCCCCAUGCUUGUUCGGUUUGCUGUCGAUGAGGAAUUGACGCUCCUGGUAUUGUCUCUCGUGCCCCAGGCUGGCCUCCCAUGGGCCUAUGGAUUCCCCUUUGGGCUUCGAAAGAAGUCAGGCCUUGGAGCCGUCGGCUUCUGUCAAGCGCCGAGGCCGAUGUGGUCCCUCACCGACAUGGGAGGAAGAGUACAGAAGAAGGCGAUGAGGUCUCUCGGCAUCAUUAACGAGCAUGAAGAUAUUGUUUGUGUUCAGGAGACUAAGAUCACAGCCAUAUCCCAAAGGGUCAUUCUCUCUGCUCUCGGGUCUGAUUUCACAGGAUACUUAGCUCUGCCCUCUGUUGGGGCUAGUGGUGGUAUUCUAGUCGCUUGGAGGCACCAUGUGGGCAUCUCAGGUGCUCAGAGGGUGGACAACUUUAGUAUGUCCAUUCAAUUCUCCACGGAUAAUGGACAGACGUGGUGGCUGACCUGUGUUUAUGGACCACAGGGGAAUGAGGAUAAGAUUCAGUUUCUUCAGGAGCUUCGUGACAUCCGGGCGACCUGUCAAGGGCCUUGGAUGAUAGAAGGAGAUUUCAAUUUGAUUUACAAGGAUGAGGAUAAGAACAAUGUCAACUACAAUAGGGCUAUGAUGGGUCGGUUCAGGCGAUUCAUUAAUGAUCUGGCCCUCAAAGAAAUCCCCCUCCAUGGUCGCAAAUACACUUGGUCUAAUCAGCAAGAUUCCCCUACUUUGGUAAAAUUGGACAGGGUUCUUUGCUCUGUAGACUGGGAGGAUAAAUUUCCUAAUUGUUUGCUUCAAAGUUUGGCUUCAGAAGACUCUGAUCACUGCCCACUCUUGCUGGGACUUCAGAACAAUAAAGUAGGAAGGCGCAGAUUUCAUUUUGAGUCUUUCUGGACCAAACUGGAUGGUUUUCAGGAGGCGGUGGCUGCAGCCUGGAUGUCAGUUCCUACUGGCUCCUGCCCCUACUUAACUCUAAGCCAGAAGUUUAAGGCAACCGCUAAGGGAUUACAGAGAUGGAGCAGCAAAAAGGUUGGUAAUGUGAAGUUUCAGCUUGCCUUGACGCGGGAAAUCUUGCAUCAGUUUGAGAUUGCUCAAGAUAAUCGUUCCCUAUCUCCAGGAGAAUUGUGGCUGAAGAAUAAUCUGAAGAAACACAGUCUUGCCCUUGCUUCCUUGAGUAGAACUAUUGAUAGACUGCGGUCACGCAUUGGCUGGCUCCGGGAGGGUGAUGCCAACACCAAGCUCUUUCACUUGCAUGCCCGUCAUAGAAAGAGGAAGAAUUUUAUUGGUCGCCUCAUUUCCGGGGAUCGCAUCUGUACAAGCCACCAAGACAAAGCUGAAGUUAUUAAUAAUUUCUAUGAAAAUCUGCUUGGAAGUUGCACAGACAGGUUGCAAACUGUCAAUUUGGAUGAGAUUGGAAUUGAUACUCAUGACUUAGCUGAUUUGGAUCUUCCCUUUAGUGAGGAAGAAAUAAAGCCCCUGGGCCGGAUGGCUUUACGGGACGAUUUUACAAAUCCUGUUGGCCAAUCAUAA